AUGCAGUCCAAGCGUCUCAAUGCAGAAGCAAAGAAAUUGGAGAGAGAUGCCAAAAAGUUGUCAAAGAGAAUUGUUUACGAAAUCAGUAGAGGAAAUCAGGAGGGAGCUCAUAUUUAUUGCGAUCAAGUUGUACAGAUGAGACACCAGCAGCGAAAAUUAAUAUUCAUGGCAUGCAAGCUGGAAGUCGCUGCCUCGGAUAUGAGAAUGAUGGUUUCUAUGGGCGAUGUUUCAACGAUGCUGGGCAAGGCUUGCUCUGUUUUGAAAAAUCUGAGUUCCAUUCAAGACCCUGUACAAGUAUAUGCCGUGUUUUCGGACUUCAACAAGCUGAUGGAGAAUCAUCAGAGCACUUUAAUUCAAUCCAUGGGUCCAUUGGACUCAGUGGAAGCGGAGGAGGCGUCCAAUGAGCUGUUCGAGAAGGCGCAGAUGGAGUACGCUGCGAACCAGCAAGUGAAGGACGCUCCACUCAAUAAUCCGGAGCAGGUGCCGGACCAGGAGGCAGAGACCUUGGUAAAGAGUUUAGCUAGCAGACUUGCAGAGUUGUAUUUUGUUUGUUUCAUGAAUCCAAAAAUCGGUUCUAUUUUUGCCAACUGA